AUGUCCAACGAAGAAAAGAACAAACAGGCUGAACCGGCUGCCAGUCGGGAGACUUAUCCGGUGAUGGACUUGGGGAAUGGAAUAGUGGGAUGGGAAAGUCAAGAAGAUCCCUUAAACCCCAGAAACUACCCGCCAUCUCGCAAAUGGUUUCAAUUAGCGACAGUUAGCAUUAUCACAUUCAUCAGCCCAUUUGCAUCGUCAGUAUUCGCACCUGGUGUCAGCCUUGCCGAGCAAGAAUUUGGGGAAACAUCCUCCAUACGCGGCUCUUUUGCAGUGACAGCGUAUCUUUUCGGCUAUUUUAGCGGCCCCUUAGUUCUAUCUCCACUCAGUGAGAUAUGCGGUCGUCGAAUCACAUUGAACGCGGCCACGACGAUCUUUGUGCUAUUUCAAAUCGGCUGCGCCCUUGCUCCCAAUCUCUCGGCUUUGAUUGUCUUUCGUUUCUUGACUGGUUUUGGAGGGUCCGGCUGUCUGACAAUUGGGGGCGGUGUUGUUGCCGACCUUUUCGAGGCAGAGCAACGUGGACUGGCCUUGUCUGUUUUCUCGUUCGGGCCACUAUUUGCGCCAGUGAUAGGACCAAUAUGCGGAGGGUUCAUUGCACAACGCGCCGGGUGGCGGUGGAGCUUUUGGGUGUUGGUCAUUGUGGGAGGUACAUUGACCGGUAUAGUCAUGGUGACCAACCGAGAGACCAACCCGACGGUGCUCAUACGGCGAAAGACAGUAGCCCUGCGCAAGGAGCUGAGCCGCCCCGAACUUCGCAGCUGUUAUGAAAAAGAGGGCGAGGCACGCGGACUAGCGACUCUCCUAGUGAAAACAUCCACCAGGGUAAUCAAGUUGUUGGCAACCUCGCCCAUCGUACUGAUGAUGGCUCUCUAUAUUGCGUCAGUUUAUGGCUGUCUCUAUCUUCUCUUCACCACAAUCACAUCAGUCUUCCAGGACCAGUACGGCUGGAGUGUAGAAACCAGCGGCCUUGCAUAUAUCGGACUGGGGCUAGGCUUUUUCGCAGGCCAGGUGGUAUUCGCUCUCACAAGCGACAGGACUCUCGUCCGGCUGAAACGACGCAAUAAUAACAUUGUGGAACCUGAGAUGCGUCUUCCGCUGUGCUUGCCAUUUGCGCUCUUCGUGCCAAUCUCCUUCUCCUGGUAUGGCUGGUCUGUUCAGGAGAAGACACAUUGGAUCGUUCCCAUUAUCGGACUCUUCCCCUUCGCCUUCGGCAAUAUCGGCAUCUUUGGAACACUGCAGGCAUACAUCGUUGACUCCUAUCCUCGCUAUGCGGCAUCUGGUAUCGGGGCAAUGACAGUUACUCGGUCCCUGUUCGGUGCACUAUUGCCCUUAGCAGGGCCACCCAUGUAUGAAAAGCUCGGAUACGGUUGGGGAAACUCGCUUUUGGGGUUUGUGACACUGGCGAUGAUUUCGCUGCCUAUCCUGUUUCGCAGAUUCGGUGCGUCUCUCCGACAGAGGUUCCCGGUCGAUCUAGAAUAA